ACUAGUGUUUCUCUGAAUGGUUUGAAAAAUGUCAUCUGCUUUCAAGUAAAGAGAAGCAAAACCCAUCUUCUUAACAAAAUACUUUGAUGCACUUGUUGAGUUGCAUCUCUUACUUGUCAACUCCUCACUACAGGUAUGCUCAUGAAUAUAUGUCUUCACCAUCCAAGAAUUUGUCAUCGCAUCCUUUGAUAAUAAUAUUUUCCAAUCACAGCUUGAGGCAUGUUUGCAAACAGCCAUAAUCCGUUUGUUGUCAUUCUUCUUCCAUUUAAUAUCCCUCAUUUGCAUCAUGUUGCAUCAUGUUGCAUCUAUCAAUAGCAGCUUUAAAUUAUGCCUUGCUCACAAAAAUCAUCCCCAAACUUAUAUCUGGAAGAGCAUCUUCAACUUCUUCAUAAACUACGUGUGUAGAUCUCUUUCUAGAAGCAUGAUCAGCAUCACUUCCGUCAUCCUCAUCAGUAGAAAUGUAACUAUAUUCUACAUCACUUUGAAUUUCAUCACCAUCAUCAUGGACUAUUGCAAGGGUAUUAGGACUUGCUACAUUCACACCUAAAUUAAUUGAAUUUACAUACAGUAUAUGAAAACAUAACCCAAAAAAAAAAAAAAAAAUUACAACUGUGAAAAGAUAAUGACAUACCACCAUCAUGAUAGGAACUAGGUCUUGCAUUAUCCUCUUGCAAAUUAUAACAAAAACACUUGACCUUCCUUCUAGCCUCCAUAGCCUUCUCAUCUUCAUUAUUUGUUAACUUAAGGAUAUCCAAAACAAAAUCAACAUUCCCUUCAUCACCUUCUACCUCUUUGUCCCCAUUGAGAUCUUCAUUAUGGUCAUCAGCCACAUUAUCACUUUUUGAUGCACCUGCACGUUCCUUCUCGACACCAGCUUCAUCUUCCUUUUAUAACCAAACACCUUGUGCAGUAAAAUCUUGUCCAGGUUGAUAGUAAUCCUCAACUAUACUCUCCUUGUCACGCCCCAGAAUGCAAAUCCGAGGCGCGACAGACGCCGUGCACUCGUGAGACGGGUCCCACAACCACACAAGGCUCGAAACCUAUUCAAAUCCCAAACUCUAUUCUCGCAACAUCUAUUUUAAUACCAUAAAUUCAAGGUAGAAUCUAUCUUCCAAGAAUGAUAAUAUAUUCCAUAAAUCUAUGUCCAACAUGACUUAAACUUAAAAUCACAAGGUGAAAUCUAUCUUACUAAAAAAACAUGAUUUAUUUCUAAAAUUAUAUCAAUCUCGAAAUGGCUAGCCUUCUAACUCGUCACUUCCCGUGGUUUCCCCAUCCUCGGUUUCAUUUCCUGAAAUGGUGGACAAGAAAAAACUAUGAGAUAAACUUAGUAAGUAAAUGUAUGGAUAGCCCGUGGGUAAAAAUUGAGCAUUUCAGAUAAACAGUUUAAACAUAAACGGAAUGCUCAAUGAUAACCAUUAUGCAGAAUAAAGUUCAGUAGUAGUCAAUUAAACUUAUAGUAUGCCAACAAGUGUAAUCAGAAAACGGAUACAAGUACGGGAACGAAAUAGACGUCUCCUCUAUAG